AUGAACCUUCUUCUGUUGAAGAUAGUGGCUAUCACUGUUAUCAUACCGGAUAUUCUCAGUCAGAACGAUGGUACUGAUUCUACAACUUCUUCACCCUCAUUGGAUUGUGGUUACCUGAAUAACUCGUAUACUUCUGUCGGGGGCAUGACUUAUAACGGUGAAUGUUGUAACUCGGGAGCAGUUAAUUAUAUGGAAACAGAGAAUCCAGGGUGGAGAACCAAUCAACAGGAACUGCAAACAUACAUGCUCCUAUUGUUUACUGGAGGUUAUUGUAACUCCACAGUAGAGCAAUCUACUGCAGUACUAACCUCUACGACUACUGUACCAGAAACCACUACUACUGUGAAAAAAAUAAAGUUUGGCCAAGGAUUUUCAAAAAAAAAUUUCGCGCCCAAAACGCUUUAG